UCAUUGGGUGUAACACCCAUUUCAACUGUGAGGCGUCACACGCUCAGCUGUCCGGCCACUGUUGACAGUAAUGGAAGGUAGAGUAACCAGAGGCAGAGGAGGCAGUGGGAAAAGAGGUGGCCGCGGUGGAAACGACGGCAACAGUUUUGUCGGUGAACACCGAGGCCGAGGGCGAGGAGGCCACCACCGCGGGCGGGGUAAACGAGAUCAUCAUCGCGGCCGUGGACGCGGAGGAGGCGCCCAUGCUGCUGAAUUCCAUCAGCGGGACCAAGAUGAAGGGGACAGUUAUCAGGAGGAUGAUGAUAGCACAGAGGUGUUCUCCAGGAGGAAGCUGGAGUCAAACUGGGACCGGUACGAGGAGUCGGAGAGGCCAGAGCCGGAUGACGACACGCCUACUCAGAGAGGAACAGACUAUCAUGUUUUGCUGGCCUCAGCAGGGGAUUCGUUCACGCAUUUCCGGUUUGCAGAAGAAAAAGAAUGGGAGAUGGACCAGCUUGAUAUCAGUCAGAUGGCAGGGAUUGUUUUGGACCUCCCAGCUCUUACCCAGAUUCUUCAAGAAGUGCCUUUGCAUCAGAAACUCAACCUGGAGCCCGAGCUGAUUCAGGUCUCAGCACCAGCAGAGCUGCCCAGUAUGACUCUAGCACCUAAACAGGAAGUGCCAAAAAUGUCCAAAUUCACACCUCCAUCCGCAUCUUCAAAAAGCCUCAGCAUCAGCCAGAAAGUCACCGUGGAUGCAAACCCAGUGGGGGGCUCAGGCUCGCAGCUUUCUUCCUUGGCUGCUGCUGCUGAGACUAUGGUGGAUGAUGCUGAUGAAGAGCUGGACAAGCUGCUCAACUUACAGAAACCAGUGUCAGGUGAUGCAGGAAACCAGCCUGUCAGUGGUGCAGAAAUGGAGAGCGCUGUUACAGAGAAGGAAUGUGAGGAAGUGAAAGACGUGACAGCAAAGCCGAUAGAAGAGAAAAAGAUGGAGGUGGUGAAGGACAAAGACAUCGCACCUCCACAGUCUGUGCCCAGCAAACAGGAAAUGACUGAGGACGACCUGGAGGACUGGCUUGACAGCAUGAUCUCCUGACACUCAGGGAACUUGGUCAUGGCAGUUCAAUUGCUUCAACUUCCAUCCUUGAAAAAUUAAGUCCACCUGGAAGUUUAUGAUGCUAAAGUUUGAUGCUUCCUUGUUUCACACGGACCUGCCUCCCCCCCCCAUGCUGUAAGAGAGGCAAUAUGUUUUGUUUUGGAGGUGUAGAGGUUGGGACAGUACAUCUCGAACAUUUGUGAGAGUGUGUCAAAACGUUCCUGGAGCACACCCUGCUUCAGAGAGAGAAUUCUCUGUUCCCUGUGAAAGUUUGACUCUGGAGUGUUUUGCUUCAGAGGAAUGGUGACAGACGGGUAGUGAAAGAGGUCAAGGACGACACGUUUGGUUCACUGCGUCAGUUACUUUAUUCAUUUCCUCCCCCUCAUCAAAAAAGAAAUGCAGUUUACCAAAGCUACUACAUACAUAUAAAUGGCCAGACAAGAGCGGGUAACCAGUUUGUCGUCAAUAAAUUCUCGAACCAA